CCAAGUCUUAAUUCGACGACGAUCCUUACCAAAUAAAUAAAAGUAUUGUUAUACUGGGAUUCCCGGAUCCAAUCUUGUGACCUCAUGUGACCUGGGGAAAAUACUGACGAGUUAAGCCAAGGACGACCUACGACGACCUCCGGGGCCCUUUCCUAAAAGAAUACAACUCUGACGUCAUCCGUGCCAAUAAAAACAUCGAUGUGGACUCUCCAGCUGUGAACCAGACAAUCAGCUCAUGAUAGCAUCGCCAACAUCUCCCGCCUCCUGAUCUCCCGAAUCGCUACCGGCGUAUAGGACCGCAAGACGACCCAUCUACGAUCUCAUGCUAGACGAUCGGUGCGUGAGACGCUCUGCUACCGCCGAAUGGAUGCUACGGAGACGGCGUAUGGGGUGGCAUGGAUCGAGUAGUGCUACCUCUCGUCCCGUAAUUUACUGGCCAGGAGCCAGACCAAACCAACAUCUACCGUUCCGGAACUGAUCCGGUCACCGGGUAAAACUUGGUAACCUUUCGAGAUGACGUUUUGCCUGGGAGGACAUGUAGGGGCCGAGGCACAGGUGAAACCAGGCCUAAAUUCCGACUCCCGAGACAACAUAAAAUAGAGAUUUUGUUCUUGAAGACGAGGACUCCAAGUGCCUGAGUCGACGCAACCUUGGAUGGCCUUCCGAACGCACACCGUGUUUCAUCUGCGGCCCCGUACGCGAAUUCGUAUUCGACAUCGAUCCCGGCAAACAGUUUGUGGAAUUCGCAACGCGGCCCGUACACAGAUUCCGCAAAAUUUUAUGUCUGGCGCACAACGCGCGGGGAUUCGACGCGCAAUUUGUUCUACGCUACCUGGUGGAACAUAACAGGGAUCCACCCCAUGUAAUUCUGAACGGAACCAAGAUCGUACUCAUGGAAACGGGGCACACCCGAUUUUUAGACUCGCUCGCUUACAUGCCUAUGGCUCUCGCGGCGCUGCCCAAAGCCUUCGGGCUCCCCGUAGAAACACGCAAGGGACUUUUUCCCCAUUUAUUUAAUACGCCGGCGAAUCGCGGCUACGUUGGCCCGCUACCAUCAGCCGAAUAUUAUUCGCCGGACAGCAUGGGGACCGUGGAACGAACAGCGUUCUACGCGUGGUACAACGAGGCUGUGGAAAAUAACUAUGUAUUUGAGUUCGACAAGGAGUUGAUCGAUUAUUGCCGAAGCGACGUUGACAUUCUUCGAAGAGCCUGUUCGGCCUUCAGAGAUAUUUUUCUCACGCAGGGGUGUGUCUGUCCGUUCUCGCAAAGCACCACCAUCGCGUCUGCGUGUUCGGUGCUAUUUCGGCAGAAUUUCCUGCAAGACAAUUCUACGAGGUUGCCGAGGGGGAGCGAAUUCGCUAUGUGGAUGUUUGCUCCCUGUAUCCGUGGGUAUGCAAAAACGGGCGGUACCCCGUUGGACCUCCCAAGGUGCACGUGGGGGAUUCCUUCCGCUUCCGCCGCAAAAUCUCUACCACCCGUUGCUGCCGGUCCGCAUGCACGGCAAAUUGAUGUUUCCCUUGUGUCGCACGUGUUGCGAGAAUUCGACACCCGACGAUUGCCCGCAUGCGAACGAAGCCGACCGCUGGUUGAGCGGUACAUGGGUGUCGGACGAAUUGAAAAAAGCGAUCACCCUAGGGUACAGAAUUGUCGAUGUCAGCGAAAUAUGGCAUUACGAUAUCACUUCGUACGAUCCCGCGACGAAGCAAGGCGGUUUGUUCGCCGGAUACAUAGACACGUUUCUCAAGUUGAAGCAGGAGGCCAGCGGCUGGCCGGCAGAAUGCGAUGACGAGACAUCUCGCCAACGCUACGUAGAGGAAUACGAGCGCGUCGAGGGGAUCCGCCUGGACGGGUGCAAGAUAGCUAAAAACGCCGGGCUGCGUUCGGUGGCGAAACUUUGUCUGAUUUCGUUCUGGGGUAAAUUCGGGCAGCGCGAUAAUUUACCGCGUACAGAGGUGAUCAACGAGCGGCAGAGGCUCUUGGAGCUUCUCACCGAUCCGGACGUCGAGGUUCACGAUAUUUUGCCCGUAAACGAGCGGAUUCUUCACGCGCGAUGGGGACGUACGGGGGAAAGCGCGAUACCGUCGCCCAUCACCAACAUCGUCUUAGCCGCCUACACCACGGCCCAAGCGCGUUUGAAGCUCUACAGCUAUCUGGAAAAAUUGCAGCGUAGGGUAUUGUAUUUCGACACCGACUCUGUCAUUUACGUGGAGAGCGAGAACACCCGCGACGAAUACAAACCGCCGACAGGGAAUUUUCUGGGCGACUUGACGGACGAAUUGACGGCUUACGGCCCCGGUAGCUAUAUACGAUCGUUCGUCUCGGGGGGUCCGAAAUUUUACGCCUUUGUAGUAAAACGCCCGGGCGAUCGGGAUGAGGUCGAGGUGUGCAAGGUCAAAGGCGUUACUUUGAACUAUCAGACAGGUCUCAAGAUAAAUUUUCAGUCCGUCCUAAGCAUGGUGACCGACGCCCACGAUCCUAUCACGGUGAAGCGAUGCGCUAUCCAGCGCACCAACCUGCAUCACGUGGUAACGCGCACGAUCUCCAAAACGUGUCGCCCGGUUCAAGCGAAGCGUCGACUUUGUCCAAACAGCUACGACACGCUACCCUUUGGUUACAAGGCGACAUGAAUGAUUGUACACGGCGUGCAAAGUAUUUGAGUCCGUUAACGAUAACGAAGAAAAUAAGCAAUUCGCCUUGACGUUGCUCUCACUCUCAAUGUAUAUCCUCGCACGGCACGUGCGAAACACGCACACACACACACACACACACAUGCAUGUGCAUCUCCGAAGAAGCCGUGCGCCAGUACGACGCGGUAACCGAUCACAUUACCAGAUGGAUCGGAGUUCGGAGUACUCGCCAUGGACACGCGUUGGAAGCAUCCUUUUUCCGCCAUCGUCGCCGGACCAUCCGGCUGCGGGAAAUCUAAUUUCGUCCAAACAUUUCUGCGUCACAUCGGUGAUAUGUGCGACGCAAAGUUCGCGCGAAUCAUCUGGUAUUACGCAGAAUGGCAACCGCUGUACGGCGGAACGGCGACGUCCGAUCGUUCGCCGGUUAUCGAGUAUCGCAAGGGAUUACCCCAGCAGGGUGACUACGACUCCGACGACGCGAAACUUCCAAAGUUGCUGAUUCUCGACGAUUUGAUGCGCUAAUCGUCCAACGGGGCCGUCGUCGAUCUCUUCACCAAGGGGUGUCACCACAAGAAUCUCAGCGUGUUUCUCAUCACGCAGAAUCUCUUUCAUCAAGGUCGUGGUCAGCGGGAUAUUUUGCUGAACGCGAACUAUAUAAUAUUCUUUAAGAACCCCCGCGACCGGGCGCAAAUACAACACCUCGCGCGCCAAGUUUACCCCGAGGAUCCGCGCUCCGUACAGGAAGCCUACAACGACGCCACGAAUCGGCCCCACGGAUAUUUACUGCUCGAUCCGAAGCAAUCGACGCCCGAAAACUGCCGAUUUCGCACAGAUAUAUUUCCCACGGACGAACACCGCUUCGUUUACCUACCGCGUAUUACGUUUAACACCGCUACAGUAUUUCACCUGUAAUGUCACCGCGAACAGGUCAACCAGGGCGGUUCGGUUCAUCCAACACCGUGGUGUUAUACGUCCUUUGCAAAUUGAGCGGUCCUCAACGCUUGGCGCUACUGCGCGCUGCCGACGACAAUCUCGUGAGAAAUAUCCGCGAGUGCGCCCUCAACACUCUGAAGGGUAACGUCAAACUCAGCGAUCGUCAGAAAUCACGGCUGGGGAGACAUCGUAGAAUCUUACGUCGACUGGCCAGUAACCGCGGCAGUUAGAGAAGUAAGAAAAAAUUGCUGGUCCAACACGGGGGCUUCUUACCGCUAUUACUGGCGCCCAUCGUAGGCGGGUUGGUGUCCACUCUGUUCGGGGGCGGAGGAUAGAAUCGCAACGCGAGGCAGACAUGGAGCAUGCGAAAAAAAUGGUACUCGUUCCCCAGGAAACGGUGAAGCGGUUGCAACGACAACGUAACGGGGAAGAUGAAGCGAAAGAGACGGAAACAGAAGCACAAACGCAAAAACCAAAUACCGCGAACACCGUGAGCAGAUUAGACCGCGAGAUGGACGAUAUUCUUGCAUUGAAGGGAAAAUCUGAUCGCGAGAAAUGGCGAUUGUACAGUCUGGUGUUGAAUCGAUAUUUGUAUUUCGCCGGAGAAACGAGAAAACCGCUACAACUCAGUAUACGCGACGUGUCUGCAGGGGCGUGGACGAAGUCGAUGAAAGCGGUAGCGAAAACGCUUCGGCGGGCUGCAGAACCGUACCCAUACACGACAUCCUGAUCAGCGUACCGCUGAAGUUUCGACGCAAAGCCGAGCUGCUGUUGAACUAUCUGACGGCCAAAGGGGCGAUCGAGUGGGACAGUCACGGGACAGUGGUUGUCGACGGUAAUCAGCUACGGGGCACGAAUAUAAUCGACUUGAUAAACGACGUUGUGCGAGAAAGAAAAUCCGUGCGAGCGACGGGGCGCCAUCAUUUCGCCCGACUCCUCGAAGCUGUUAACACGCCGCAAGAGUUUAUCGGAAAUCCGAUAUAUUUGAGAACGCACGUUUCACCGGAAGAACCGUAUCGACGGCCUGCGAACAACGCUGCGACUUUGAGAGUGCAUCGGAGCAAGAGCAUCGCUGAGAGGGGUGGUGGUAAUAGCUGCGGACCGACCGAAGGCGACUACGGUGAUUUAGACGACGACGACGACGACGACGACAACGACUUCGACGACGGCGACGACGACGAGGUCUUUCGUACUUCGCGAAAAAAGGCAAGACCCGCUCAAACGGGGAAAGGUCGCUGGUGCACCUUGCGCUUACGAUGAAGUUUCUGGAGAAGCUGUACUACGACUCGUCCAACCCCGCGGGAUACGGGGGUGCACGCGGAUUGAAGCGAGCCGUUAGAGGAAAGAAAAUAUCUUUGGCAGCCGUCGACGAUUGGUUAGCCUCCCAGGACGCGUACACGCGGCACAAAACGAUACGAAGAAGAUUUCCGCGAGCCCACUACAGCGUACAAAACGUCGACGAUCUGUGGGAGGCCGAUCUCGCCGACCUUAGAUCGCUGAAACAGUACAACGACGGGUACAACUACCUUCUCGUUGUCAUAGAUGUGUUGAGCAAGUUCGCGUGGGUGCGAGCGUUGAAGGGCAAGACCGCGGGUACGGUUGCGAAGGUUUUCGAGGAUUUGCUGGAAUCGACUGAGCGACGACCGAUGCAUCUGCAGACCGACAAGGGAAAGGAGUUCGUAGGCGCCCAAUUCCAAAAGAUGCUCGCCGGCCGUAACGUGCGGCAUCGCGUCACCCGAAACCCCGACGUGAAAGCAAGCGUGGCGGAGCGCUUCAACCGCACCCUGAAGGAACGAAUGUAGCGAUAUUUCACGCACGCGAACACCCGACGAUACGUGGACGUUUUGCCGCAGCUGGUCGAGGCCUACAACCGCACCGUACACUCGACCAUAAAAAUGACCCCCUCCGAAGUGACGCUGGAAAACGCCGCGACAGCUCGCGCUAACAUGGAAAAAACACGAGGCGGUCAAGCGCAGGAGUCGUCGCGCCACGCGCGAUUUCGCGCGGGCGAUCGAGUGCGCAUCAGCAGGGCCAAGGAAGUAUUUCGGAAGGGCUACGAGGCCAAUUGGACGGACGAAGUGUUCGAAAUCGCACGAGUCUACGAACGCAGCCCCGUAGUUUACGCGCUGCAGGAUUUAGCCGGCGAGACGAUCGACGGUCUGUUCUAUGACGCUGAGCUGCAGCGCGUCAAAAAGGAUAAUUAUUUCGUGGUGGAUAAAAUAAUACGGACGCGUGGUAAAGGGGCCAGUAAGAAACUGUUUGUCAGUUGGCGUGGGUAUCCCUCGAAAUUUGAUAGCUGGAUCCCGGCGAAGAGCCUGUCGAAACACCGAGCAUGAACAAGGAUGAGUUUUAUCUGACGCUACCGAGUAACAGCUCGAUGCGAUACUUUGGAGACAACACCACGACGAAAUACACCACGCAAUUGCCGCGACAGAUAGAGCUAACCGGCGAAUGGAAGGUUGCCCUUGUAGAGGUUCAAUAUCCAACGACUCUUCAAACGGUGACCGCUGGGUCCAACACCGUAAGAUUGCAUCAGCACAUCUCACCGAAGCCGGCGGAUCUCUUCGACGAUAUACCAAAGUCCAAGGACAAUCGCGUCACCGCUCACGUGCUACGCAUACAGCCGGGCGUUUACACCGGCAUCGAACAGAUCGUGCGAGCUCUGAGUGGCGUCUCGCUUCUGGCAAAACAUUUCGAAUUCGGUUACGCCGGUAUCGCGAAGGAUCGCAUCGCCGUUACUCGCAUCUGCGGGUGUACCACCGGCCACUACUUGUCGUUUUCCCCCGGUCUGUAUCAACAGCUCGGUUUCACCAAAGUAACGCAAAACAUCGUCAAGACUUUGGAGGCGGAUCACCCUUACAACGUAACGGCUGGUAUGCCUGCGCAAAUGUUCGUCUACUGCGACAUCACGGAACCGCGAAUCGUAGGAGACGUCUACGCUCCUCUGUUACGCAUAGUGCAGACCAACGGCAAAGAUCUUCGCCACGGGAGUUCGGAGACCAAAACGUUGUCUCCGCCGCAUUAUCUGCCCUUACUGAACUCUAACUUUCGCACGAUCGAUAUCGAUAUAAGGGAUCAGCUGAGAAGGCCGUUGCCAUUCACCCACGGGACGUUGACGGUAACGCUGCGCUUCAGGAGAAUACACUAAUACGGUGGCCAUGAGUCACUACGUGCAGCAUUACGAGAACCAAGUCGGCGGGGGGAUAGCUCGCGUUUACGCGGGGUCCCCGUAUCAGCGAGGUCACGGUAUCGGAAGCUUUCUAGGGGGGCUGUUCCGAAGCGUUCUCUCCCUACUCAAAAGCGGGGCGCGAGCGAUCGGUAAGGAGGCGCUACGAACAGGAGCAAAUAUAAUUUCGGACGUGGGUCGGGACGCGCCGUUUAAGGAGUCGGUGAAACAACGAGUCGCCGAGUCGGGUCGCAAUCUACUACGCAAAGCUGAGGAAAAACUCCAAACUCUGAUGACGGGAAACGGAUAUAAGGUGGGUUGCGGUGUACCGAACGGCCAGUUUCUGACGGACCGUCGGACCCGUUUGGCCGGAAAACGAAAAGCAGCUGGCAGAAAAGACGUAGCCCCGAGAAAAAGAGCCAGAACAGCGAAAACGACCAAAACGAAGAGAAAAAAGAAGAAGAAUGACGGGUGCUGCAAGAAACGAACUGUGGCUGACAUAUUCGGUACGCGAUAAUCCGAGAUGGCCUACCUACACGCUCAUUCGUGCGAGUGUUCGAAAUCGGAGCUCGACUUGUUCACUCUACCGCCUACGCAGACGACGAUAGAGGGUGGGCAGUGGGUGCAUUACAAGCCGGUGUCGUCUCUCACCGACGACCCACCGAUCGAAUUCAUGGUUCUGGGGCUGAGCGACGAGUACCUCGACCUGUCGCACACGAUGUCUGCGAGUCAGUAUGCCGCCUUUGGAUGGGGUGCAGCUGGUGAGCUCGGACGGUAAGACCCCGACAGCGGCGGCGAUCGCAGCUCCUGUGAACAACCUGUUGCACUCGUUGUUCAGUCAAGUGGACGUCUUCUUCAAUCAAAAACUCGUCUCCCCGGCCAACAACGCGUACGCGUACAGAGCAUACAUGGAGACUCUGUUAAAUUACAACAAUACGGCCAAAAAUUCGCAUCUGACGACCACGCUGUGGUACGGGGAUACCGCCGGCAGAAUGGACGAACUGAGUGCCGUUAAUAAGGGUUUCGCAGAGCGCGAACGAUUAUUCAAGAACGGCUCCAGCGUUGAUUUAUUGGGACACCUUCAUUGCGACGUGUUCAAUCAGGAGAAAUUCAUUCUAAACGGCGUGGAGUUGCGAUUGCGUCUGGUGAGAUCGCGGGACGCCUUCUGCAUCAUGGAAACCACCAACGCUCACACGAUGCACAUUCUAGAGGCCACUCUGCUCGUUCGACGAGUCACGAUACACCCCGGCGUGUUGUUGGCGCACGCCAGAGCUCUGGCGAAAGGGACGGCCAAGUAUCCGCUCACCAGGGUCGAGGUCAAGGCAAUGACGAUUCACGGCGGGGUGCACGGAGAAACGUUGGACAACGUGUUUCUCGGCCAGCUGCCGAAGAGAAUAAUCAUCGGAUUCGUCGAUAACAAGGCCUUCAACGGCGACCGAACGCGCAACCCGUUCAAUUUUCAACAUUUUGAAACCAACUUUCUGUCUCUGUACGUCGACGGCCAGCAAAUACCCUCGAAACCCCUGCAACCGGACUUUACGAAAUCAAGGAAUUUGGUCAGACACGGCAGCGUUCGAAUAGAGGUACGUUUCGAAGAGGCGCUCGAGAAGUCGAUAAACUGCGUCGUGUACGCAGAAUUCGACAAUAUUUUGGAAAUUGAUUCAAGUCGUCAAGUUAUCGUGGAUUUCGGUGGCUGAGAGUACGACACCGGCGAAGGAGACGACAAAACAAAUGCACGUUUGCGAGACGGAGAGGAUUGAGAUAAGCGAUAUGCUGACGCUGCAUCCCUCACGCAAGACGGUGCGAAGACUCCGGGCGCUCGCCCGCUUACCGGGUAUAUCGCGUUCAGACUUCAACGAGUGACAAUAUGGAGUACGUGAUCGACGUUCAAGGGUUUUACGAUAGUUCCGACAAGUUUAUCGUGAAAGAGGCAGCCGUGCUGUCUGUAAACGAAGGACAUGUGGGGCACUGGUUGGUAUUGUCGCCUUGCGGAUUCCAUCAACUCUCCGUAGGAACACGCUGUUUAAAUAAUUACACGACGAGUAAGGCGCACGGUAUCGAAUGGUUCGACGGGGAAAUUUCGGAGAGACAGCUGAAGGAAAAAUUGCAAAGUGUGGCUCGUGUGGCGGGUUUGAUCUAUGUGCGCGGUGCGGUGAAGAAGGAGGCGUUGCAGCGGAUUAUAGGGCGAGAAUCUAUAAACCUCGAGGACGAUGACAAGGCCCCGGCAUUCAGGAAGUUGCCGCCGUCAAAUGUGUAUUGCACGUUUCACGCUUGUCACAAACGUCACGAAAAAUUGGCGUGCGCUCUGAACCGUGCGGAUCAACUGAAGCAGUUUGUGCUCUGGAAACGAGCCGGUCAAGAGGCCCGUAUCGUACAGAGAUUGAACCGAUUGGAUAUCACCGAUGAACAGCCGAGAGAUACUGGCGCUGAUACAACCGAUAGCGACUAGAACUCUGGGUGUUUACCCCGCUGAUGAGAUUCCUCCACGGUGGGCCCACCCGGCCGCGAUCGUUGCCAAUACCGAUGACCACACGCAGCCAGGUACCCACUGGGUCGCCUUCUACACCGACGCUUCAGGACACGGGGUGUACUUCGACAUCUACGGACUUCCGCCUCUCGUCAAACACCAUUCUCGCCGCCUACAGAAAAACCGUCCUCGAUACCGGCAAAACGCGCACCAGCUUCAGAGCGCCUUUUCAGACGUGUGUGGUCAGUUUUGUGUUAUGUUUUUGUAUUAUAUGCACGAUGGUUACACUCUCGAUCAGUUUUUAUCGUUAUUUUCGGAAGAUUACAUGAACAAUGAUCCGAUCGCCGACUCGUUUUGCAAAUGUCUCAUCAGAAGAUAUAAAAAUCUCAACAACUCCUGCGCACCCUGUAUGCAAUAUAUUCAAAAAUGUGUUAAAAAAAGAUGAGCCUCGUAGUUUAAGCUAAGAAAAAAUGGUCUAUUUUGUGUUAUCUACAGUCAAGAACGCUUUGUAUUACCUUAGUUCUAAGAAUAAAAA